GGGGCCGGGAGGUGACCUGGAGGAGGGCUCUGAAGUGCAGUUAGGUCGACUCGGGAGGUUCAUUUCAGAGAUGCCUGCAGCCGCUGCCAGGGGGAGUUAGGAGCGGUUACCGAGAUCUGGGGGCUGGGAAUUUGCCAUUCCGCUGUGCACAGAUUUUUUUUUUUGAUUUUUUUUAAAAGCAAGAUUUUAGGUGAUGGGCAGAUCAGAAAGUCAGAUGGAUAUAACUGAUAUCAACACCCCAAAGCCAAAGAAGAAACAGCGAUGGACCUCCUUGGAGAUCAAUCUCUCCGUCCUCGUCCUGCUCCUCACCAUCAUCGCUGUGACCAUGAUAGCCCUCUAUGCAACCUAUGACGAUGGUAUUUGCAAGACAUCAGACUGCAUAAAAUCAGCUGCUCGACUCAUCCAGAACAUGGAUCCCACUACCGAGCCUUGUUCCGACUUUUUCAAAUACGCCUGUGGAGGCUGGUUGAAACGCCAUGUCAUUCCUGAGACCAGCUCCCGCUACAGUAACUUUGACAUUUUAAGAGAUGAACUAGAAGUCAUUUUGAAAGAUGUCCUUCAGGAACCCAAAUCUGAUGAUAUAGCAGCAGUGCAGAAAGCAAAAACAUUGUACAGAUCGUGCAUAAAUGAAUCUAUUAUUGAUAGCAGAGGUGGCGGACCUCUACUCAAAGUGUUACCAGAUAUAUAUGAAUGGCCAGUAGCCACGGAAGACUGGGAGCAAGUAUAUGGUACUUCUUGGACAGCUGAGAAGGCUAUGGCACAACUGAAUGCUAAAUAUGGGAAAAAAGUCAUUAUUAAUUUUUUUGUUGGCACUGAUGAUAAAAACUCUUCGAAAUAUAUAAUUCAUAUUGACCAACCUCGACUUGGCCUCCCCUCCAGGGACUAUUAUGAAUGCACUGGACUAUAUAAAGAGACUUGUACAGCAUAUGUGGAUUUUAUGAUUUCUGUGGCCAAAUUGAUACGUCAGGAAAGAGGACUGCCCAUAGAUGAAAACAAGCUUUCUCUGGAAAUGAAUAAAGUUAUGGAAUUGGAAAAAGAAAUUGCCAAUGCUUCAGCUAAACCUGAAGAUCGAAAUGAUCCAAUGCUUCUUUAUAACAAGAUGAAAUUAUCCCAGGUCCAAAAUAACUUUUCAUUAGAGAUCAAUGGGAAGCCAUUCAGCUGGUCCAAUUUCACAAAUGAAAUUAUGUCAACUGUGGAUAUUAAAAUUACAAGUGAGGAAGAUGUGGUUGUUUAUGCUCCAGAAUAUUUAACCAAACUUAAGCUCAUUCUUACCAAAUACUCUGCCAGAGAUCUUCAAAAUUUAAUGUCCUGGCGGUUCAUAAUGGAUCUUGUAAGCAGCCUCAGCAGAACCUACAAGGAGUCCAGAAAUGCUUUCCGCAAGGCCCUUUAUGGCACAACAUCAGAAAUAGCAGCUUGGAGACGUUGUGCAAACUUUGUCAACGCGAACAUGGACAGUGCAGUGGGAAGGCUUUAUGUGCAAGCAGCAUUUGCUGGAGACAGUAAACACGUGGUUGAGGAUUUGAUUACACAGAUCCGGGAAGUUUUUAUUCAGACUUUAGAUGAGCUGACUUGGAUGGAUGCUGAAACAAAAAAGAGAGCUGAAGAAAAGGCCUUGGCAAUUAAAGAAAGAAUUGGCUAUCCUGAUGACAUUCUCUCAGAUGACAACAAACUGAAUAAAGAAUAUGAGGAGUACAAGUACAAGGAAGAUGAAUACUUUGAGAACAUAAUGCAAAAUGUGAAGUACGGCCAACAUAAACAACUAAAGAAGCUUCGAGAGAAGGUGGACAAGGAUGAGUGGAUAAGCGGACCAGCUGUAGUCAAUGCAUUUUAUUCUUCAGGCAGAAAUCAAAUAGUCUUCCCGGCUGGCAUCCUGCAGCCCCCCUUCUUCAGCGCCCAGCAGUCUAAAUCGUUGAACUACGGGGGCAUCGGCAUGGUCAUAGGACAUGAAAUUACCCACGGCUUCGAUGACAGUGGCAGAAAUUUUAACAAGGAUGGAGACCUUGUUGAUUGGUGGACACAACAGUCUGCAAAUAAUUUCAAAGACCAAUCCGAAUGCAUGGUGUACCAGUACGGAAACUUCUCCUGGGACCUAGCAGGUGGACAGCAUAUCAAUGGAAUUAAUACCCUGGGAGAAAACAUUGCUGAUAAUGGAGGUAUUGGCCAAGCAUACAGAGCCUAUCAAAAUUAUGUUAAAAAGAAUGGCGAAGAAAAAUUACUUCCUGGACUUGACCUAAAUCACAAACAACUCUUCUUUUUGAACUUUGCUCAGGUGUGGUGUGGGACCUACAGGCCAGAGUAUGCAGUCAACUCCAUUAAAACAGAUGUCCACAGUCCAGGCAAUUUCAGGAUCAUUGGGACUUUGCAGAACUCCCCUGAGUUUGCAGAAGCCUUUCAUUGCCCCAAGAAUUCAUACAUGAAUCCAGAAAAGAAAUGCCGGGUGUGGUGAUCUUCAAAAGAAGCAGUGCAGCCCUUGGCUAGACUCGCCAACACCACAGAAAUGGACAACUCUAUCCAAGAGACUGGGCCAUAGAGCUCACUGUUAUUAUACACAGGGAUACCUAACAGAGAUGAGAGCAUCGUGACAAAAAUGAAGUUAGGUUUUUCUGGAAAAGGGUGGAGGGACGAGGGCGUCUAUUGUCUAUCAAAUCAAUCACUUCUCACUGUGUAAAUAAUGCUUAAUCUCUAAAGAUAGUAUUACCGUUCACUUCUGUUUCUCGUAUGAUCUGCCAGUGUGAUGUUGUCUCUUGAAGAGUGUUAACCAUUAUUAGAGAAGGAUUUCUAAUCCAAGGAAGAAAGAAAAAGUUGAAGAAUACAAUUGGCACCUAACACACAUCAGUGACCCGGGAGUGAAAAACACAUUGUCUAAGUACUUAUUUGUAUUUAUAUUUGCAACAUUUAUGCUCCUUCAAAUCUCUUCCAAAGAAUUCUUAUACAUAUUGGGGCCUUGGGACUUAUGUAGUUUUAAACUAACUUUUCCAGUCAUCAGUUAUGCAUUCUGAGAUCAUUUUAUUUUAAGUACUUAGGGCUAAAAUGUCUAAAACUGUGUUUUGUUGUACCUGUUUUGACUGAUAACGAUAUUCUUGAGGUUUCUUGCAAUUUUCUAAGCAAUUUCUUGUUCUCUCUCUCUCUCUCUCUCUCUCUCUCUCUCUCUCUCUCUGUCAAAACUUGGUCUUUUUAAGAAAUUUGUAGCAGUGUAUAAAUAAUUUUUAUAUUUAAUUAUUGACUACAUUUAUGACUAAGUAAUUGUUAUUAUAGGUAAUCAUUGACUAUUGAAGUUUCAGACCGAGAUAAAUAGUUAUGAACCAAGAUCUGUAAAGCGAUGUACAGAUGAACAUUUGAGACUUUUUAAACUUAUCAAUCAUAUUGAUGAAAAGCUUUAAGUACACACUUUGGCUUAAACAUUGCCAUUGGAUGGUUCUCUAAAGAUACAUAAGACUUGUGGUUUACAAGCAGGAUUUUCCAAAUUCAACCUGUCCAUUAGGUGGCUGGAAUGAAAGGGCAAACCUGCAUCUAUGUAGCUCCACAUCUCCUUAUCCUUUCAGAUUUGUUACCUGAUGGAAAUAUUUUGAUAAUAAAUUGAGAUUGUGAAUCCACUGCUCACUAUGGUUGUUGUGGCCACCAUUUAGCUCUGGAAGGUGCAUUUUUGACUAGAGGGGCUUCAGUACCUCCGUCUCCAACAGACCUGCUUCUAAAUUUCUAACUUGCUUAGAGUUCUGGGAGGGGAUUGUUUAGUCUCUGAUAGGAGCUCAAUCUUUCUUGAGGCUUUAACAUUCUUUUCCUAUCCUGUUCAUGACUUUAGUUUUUUUAUUACUUGAUUAAUAUUUUACAAAACGAGUACACUUCCAAAAAUCUUUAUUUUUCCUAACAAAACAUGAAACUGAGAAUUUCGGGUUUUUCCUGCUUAUUGGUUUUUCCUGCUUCUGGAAAAGUGUUAUUGAAAUAUAACUUAAAUACAAACAUUUCAUAAAGCAUUAGUGUGCAGCUCAGUGAACUUUCUCCAACUGAACACAGCCCUGUAAGUAAGCAAACAUUACCAGCCACCAAGAAACCCCUUCUCCCAACCGUCACUUCACUCCUCCAAGGACAACUGCUGCCCUGACUCCUAAUGUCACACAUUAGAUUUGCUGUUUUUGUCUCUUAUGUAAAUAGAAUCAACCAGCAUGUA